CGCUGCGCCGCCGGCUGCCGCGCGGACGGAGCGCGCGGACCCAGCGCCGCUGCGCGGGCGGGCCGGGGGCGGCAGGGGCAGGAGUGUAUUGUAACCAUCCAGUCCUUCUUCAGCUGCUUUCCCUUGGGUGGGCCUGAAUGAAGACAAAUGUAAAGAUGGCAUGUCCAAGGAAUUUUAAAAGGUGUAGACCUCCUGACUGAGCAGUGUUGUGUUUUUUAUUCUCUUCAAUUAGUAAACUGCUGUUCUCUCACAGGUGAAAGUCAUGAUCACGCUAACAGAACUCAAAUGCUUAGCAGAUGCCCAGUCAUCCUACCACAUACUAAAACCAUGGUGGGAUGUCUUCUGGUAUUACCUCACCAUGAUAAUGCUGCUAGUUGCUGUGCUUGCUGGGGCUCUCCAGCUUACUCAAACCAGAGUAUUGUGUUGUCUUCCUUGCAAGCUAGAAUUUGACAAUCAUUGUGCUGUGCCUUGGGAUUUAGUUAAAGCCAACCUUAACAUGUCAGCUAGCUCGACAGCACCGAUAAUCAUCCCGCUUAAAAUCCAGAAUUAUCUCCAUCGGCAGCAGUAUUCCUACAUCGAUGCAGUGUGUUAUGAGCGACAGCUUCACUGGUUUGCCAAAUUUUUUCCAUACCUAGUGCUUUUGCAUACCUUCAUUUUUGCAGCUUGCAGUAAUUUCUGGCUUUACUAUCCCAGUACAAGUUCCAGGCUUGAGCACUUUGUAGCCGUUCUUCAGAAGUGUUUUGACUCGCCCUGGACAACGCGUGCCCUCUCAGAAACAGUUGCUGAGCAGUCUGCCAGGAAGUUGCCAACAGCCAAAUCAAAACCAGCAAUUUCAUCACCUCAGUGUUCAGGAGACAUAGGGGCCAGCAGACAGUCCCUGCCAUAUUCACAACAUGGCUUGGAAACAACUGGAAGAGAAAAUUCCAGUGUUCUUGACAAAAAAGAAGGGGAACAAGCUAAAGCUAUAUUUGAAAAAGUGAAGAAAUUCAGAGUACACGCUGAAGAAAAGGAUGUCGUAUACACAGUGUAUAUGAAACAGAUUAUAGUGAAAGUCUUUGUAGUUGUCAUAAUAGUAACUUAUGUCCCCUACUAUUUAUCAUUUAUUACACUUGAAAUUGAUUGUGUAGUUAAUGUUCAAGCCUUUACAGGCUACAAAAGGUACCAGUGUGUUUAUUCACUAGCAGAAAUUUUUAAAGUUUUGGCUUCAUUUUAUGUUGUUUUGGUGAUCUUCUAUGGAUUAACUUGUACUUACAGUUUGUGGUGGAUGUUAAGAAGUUCACUUAAGCAAUACUCUUUUGAGAAGUUGAGAGAGAAAAGUAAUUACACUGAUAUACCUGAUGUGAAGAAUGACUUUGCAUUUAUUCUUCACUUGGCAGAUCAGUAUGAUCCUCUUUAUUCCCAACGAUUCUCAAUAUUCCUGUCUGAUUUGAGUGAAAAUGAGCUCAAACAGAUAAAUCUUAACAAUGAAUGGUCAGUGGAAAAACUGAAAAAUAAACUAGUAAGAAACUCCCAAGACAAGACUGAACUUCACCUUUUCAUGUUAAAUGGUCUUCCAGACAGUGUCUUUGAACUGACAGAAAUAGAAGUUCUAAGCCUGGAACUUAUUCCUGAAGCCAAACUUCCUUCAGCUGUGACCCAGCUUGUCAAUCUCAAAGAACUCAAUGUUUAUCAUUCAUCACUAACAAUGGAUUAUCCAGCAGUCAACUUCUUAGAAGAAAAUCUGAAAACCUUGCGUUUGAAGUCUAGUGAGAUGGGAAGAAUUCCAUUUUGGGUCUUUCAUCUAAAAAACCUACAAGAAUUGUGUUUAACAGGAUAUUUCAUGCUAGAUCAUCACAACUCCAUAUACAAUGAUGGCUUUCAGGGGCUAAAAAAUCUGAGAUCAAUUCACUUAAAAAACAACCUUUCCCGUUUACCUCAAGUGAUCACAGAUCUUCUGCCUUCUUUACAACAUUUGUCUAUCAACAAUGAGGGAAAUAAACUGAUAGUGCUAAAUAACCUGAAGAAGCUGGUAAACCUGAGAACCUUGGAACUAAUCUGCUGUGAUUUAGAGCGCAUUCCCCAUUCCAUUUUUACCCUAAACAAUUUGCAUGAAAUUGACUUAAAAGAAAAUAAUCUCAGAACAGUGGAAGAAAUAAUUAGUUUCCAACAUCUUAAAAAUCUUUCUUGCUUAAAAUUGUGGCACAACAGUAUUUCGUAUGUCCCAGUGCAGAUUGGUGCUUUAUCAAACCUGGAACAGCUGUAUCUAAAUUAUAAUAAUAUUAAGAAUGUUCCAUUGCAGCUAUUUCUUUGCAGAAAGUUACACUAUUUGGAUCUUAGCUAUAAUAAGCUAACCUCCAUCCCUGAAGAAAUCGGUUAUCUGACCAACCUGCAGUACUUGGCUUUGACAAAAAACCAUAUUGAAAUGCUGCCUGAUGGAUUAUUUCAGUGCAAAAAGCUGCAGUUUCUUCUUCUGGGAAAUAACAGUCUGAUGAAUUUGUCCCCUUUUGUGGGUCAGCUACUGAAUCUUGUUCACUUAGAGCUCAUUGGGAACUAUCUUGAAUCACUUCCUGCUGAACUGGAAGAAUGUCAGCUCUUAAAGCGAAAUAAUCUAAUUGUAGAAGAAAGGUUGUUAAAAACACUUCCACCUCGUGUCAGAGAGCGUUUGCAGGCAUGCCCAGAUAAGUCCUAAGUUUAAAAUGAAACUCUGCAUUGUUGUAUUCUACAGGUCUUGCUUAAUAUCUCUCUAAAGGUCUGUAUAGCUAGAGAGGAGUGAAGGAGAGAGAGCAAUUUACAAAUCAGUCUUAAACUUAAAUGCAUUGAACUAAGUUGAUUGUAUUGUUGAUUGGAAAAGAAAAAUUUAUUCAGAUUCAAACAAAAGAUGCAGCCUUUUACAAGUAAACAUGUUUGAAUUUUGGAACGUGAGUUGUUGGUUAGGUUCUACUGAUUGAAAUAAUUCAACUAAAUGUUGAUGGUAGUAUUGAAAAAGAAGAGAUGAUUGCCUGGCUAUAGUGAGAGUGUAUAUACUUUUUUCCUAUAAGAAUUUUUUCUGUUGAUAGCGAUGAUUUAAAAUAGUUUUAUUCCUCCCAUAUGAGGUCUAAGAACUGUCUUGAAUUAGUUUCUAAAUAUGAACUCUUCUCUAACUUAGGAUGUAUUAAAUUAAGAGUUUAAACUAUUUGAGCAGUUUAUUGCAUGGGGUAUACGGAAAGUAAUUUUUCAACAUAACUUAAUUUUUAAAAGCUUUUGACAAGUACUAAGCAUUAAUUCUAUAAUUGUGGAAGAUGCCAUUUGAAUCUUGCUAUUAAAUACCUAGAACUGGUUUCAACAUUUUGUCUUAAAAAUAGUAAAUACAAAAUUAAAUGUUGCCUAGAAAUUGGGAGGAAUCAGAAGAAUCUGAAGUAACUGUUGUGCGCAUGUCCUAGAGAACCAAUCUUACAUUACUGAUCUGCAGAAACAAUGAUGGCAAACAGAAUAGUUGCAAAGUUGUCUUCUGUAUGUUGUGAGCAUCCCAGGUGUUAGUGUAGUGUAUGUUGCUGAUUAAUAUUUUUAUAACUUCUCAUUACUAACUGCCUCAGUGCAGCUUCUCCACACCCAGUUAUUGGGGAGAGGGUGAAAGAGGUUUGAGGUUUGUAUUAGAUAGGGACAGAAAGAGACAAAUAAAACAAACUAAACAAUCACACAACUUACAAGCAUUUGGGAGGAAAAGACAAGAAGCAUUAUAAGCUUUGCCUCUUCUAGGGAUGUAAUAAUUUCAUAAAUCAGAGUGGUGGGAAAAACUCUUAUGCCAUCCUUAAUACUUGCAAAACUGGAUGGAAAUAAAAUGUUUCCUGACUUCA